AUGAGUCACACGCACCGUGGCGACGAAAACACAUACACACAGCGAAAUCCCACACCACUCUCGGUGGUACGUGACCCGGCACCAUCCUUGCCGGAAGCCAAAGUUUACAGUGCCCACAAAGGUGGCUCGCGCCCUGAAACACUUCCCAGAUCCGCAGACCCCGCAACGCCCCCACCUCAAAUAGCAUCAACGCCGGCGCCAGCGCCCACCGUGUCAAAGGAGAAGAUACCGUUUGCUCCAACCGACACGUCAUGGCGGUCUUCCAAGUAUACUCUGGAGGAGGCCUCACAGACUCCGACCAAAUGGGAAGAAUCACCCGUAGGAUCCCCGUCAUAUCCGGCGUCGCCAGCGGAGACGCCUUCGGGAGAAAAGGAACAAUGGGAACAGCCAGACGAAAGUGACGUAGGGGAGACUACAGACGAGUGGGGACGGGAACUGGAUGCAUUAAAGGCUGACGAAGAAUCGCAGACAGGAUUCGAUGAAUCCGGACAGGCAGGUGACACCGAAAGCGAGAGGGAUCGGAUUGGCGAUGGUUUAGGUAAUAUGGGUAAGAGCAUUCAACCGCUGGUCGAGGAGGCGUAUCCAGACAUGAAGUUAUCUGAUGAGCCGUCGCCUCCUCCUGUUGGUAGACAUGAUUCGGAAAUAGCAGCUACACGAAAUUUUCGGCGGCAGUGGGCUCCAAGACGGUAUCAGUUUGGCCCAGGCGAAACCCCACUCCCGACUCCGCCUGGUGGCUCAGACAUAGACUUGGAUAAUGAAAAUGUUAUAUGGGGAGAGCUUAAGUUCCAGGUACAGGACAGCGUCGCAGACAGAGGUAGGGGGACCCCAGUCUUUGCGUUCGGGCACCGGGACCCGCAGUUGAUGAACCCAGAACCAAGAAAGCUCUUGCAACAGACCACAGCCGGUGCUGGCGUGCCCGACGACGGACGUCUUGAGUGUGCGGACAAUCAUGGUGGAUCUCGAGUAGGCGACGGGGUCCUGCGUGCAAAUGUGGAUGACGUACGGGACACGGUAGCGGGUGGUACCCCGCAGCAGGAAGAAAGAUACCGCCGUGGUCACGGAGCACAGAAGGGCUGUACGCAACUACGCACCAACGAAUCAGACUUCUUUCAGGCAGCGGCUGCCCGAUUUCAAAGAAAAGACCACCUAUCUCAGGGUCUUGUGAGCCCUGCAACACGAACCGUUCCACUGCCAGAUUCUGCUGGCGCAGGCAGACUACAGGACGAAGAGAGGAGCACUACGGCUAGGAUACUCGGGGGUCCGUGGCUCUUUUUUAAUGCGGAUGAGGAAUGA